AUGCGCGUUCCACUGCUGCUGGCCGUUUUCAUCGGCUGCGUGCUUGCCGAUCCGCAAAACGCGCCGUCCUUCGAAAGUCUUCCCGCCGGAGUUUCCCCCGGACAGGUAUCGCCGUACCGGUAUUCAUAAUAGUUGUUUAACUUGUUGUUUUUUUGCAGGAACAACCGGCCGUCGCGCCUAUCAUUGGUCAGAGCCAGGACGAAAAGACUAGUCUGGUCCGUGUUGGACAGGUCGCCGAGUCAAUUUUGGAAAAACUUGGUUUUUCGACUCGCGAUGAGAAAGAUAUCCGCCGAGCGCCUCUUCCUAGCUCGAUUCUGCAGGUUUUUGGGACGCUAAAAAAAGGCAAAAAGAGAAAUUUUUUUGAAGCAGCUAAAAAAAUGUAUGGAUAAUCGAAUUGUUCGAGUUUAAUGGCAUUCCGAAAAAAAUAAUUUUUCAAUUUUUCCGAAUGAUUGUUUUUCCAAGGAAGAAAAAAAGAGUUGCUGAUUAAAUAUUUUUUUAUCUCGGAUGUUUUACCAUUCAUCUUAUUAGUUGUAUAACUUCUAAAAACUAAACCAUAAGGUUUUUCUCACCAUUCAAGUUGUUUUUUCACGACCGAAUUUUUAAGAAAUGAAAAACAAAUGGAAGAUCCUUGCGGUUCUGAAUAUUUAGAAGUUUGUUCUCAACCUCAAUUUUUCAGAGUGAAGACCUGAGCGCUCUUGUUGCUGACGCCGAAGCUAACGCCAACCGAGUUGACCUCCAAGGAUACACUUCUGGCCAAAUCCCAGGCCUAGCGCCAAUUCCAGUCCCCGGUUUUCCAGGACCUCAAGACGCCCCCACUAUCCCUGGAGUGAACACUAUUCCCGGCCUGAGCAACUUCAACUAUCUCGUCGGCCAGCUUUUCCCUCAAAUCAUUCCUCCAGCUAACACUCUUCUUGGAUCUUCUAUCAGCCGCAUUCUGCCAAAGGACUCGGCUAAGAAUAUUGCGAAGGAUGUUUUCAGGUUGGAAAUUGUAUAGAUAUACUUUUACUUAUUAAUGGAAUUCCAGAGCAGUCCACCCAGCCGCUGAGAAUGUUGACGUCGCCAGAAUGAUGGGACGUUGGUUCCAAGUUAUCAACUCGCCUCAUGUCAUCCGCGAAGCCUGCACUGUGUCCCACUGUUCGUUUAAUUUUUCAUUUUGUAGGGUCCUCAUGCUGAAAUAAUGACCAGUUUGAAAAUUAUUCCCCAAAAAAAAAGAGCUUCUCAUCGUUUUUGAAAAGGGACUCUUGAAAUAAAAAAACCAUGUAUUGACCUACUUCUCACAAUAGUGAUCAACAGUGAUCAGAAGUCACAGAUGAUACUUUUUCUUUUCAAAUAGAAGCUCGAACUUUACCGAACUCUAAAGCGGUAAUCACCUUUUCAACUCUUAGGAAACUUUUCAAACAGUGAAAAUAGAAACUAAUUGCAGUCGGAGCGCUCACCAACAACACUUACUCUGCUUCUUUCACCAUCUUGAAGUUCUACCGCGAAGGAAACCCCAACGGUUCCCCAAGGUUUGUUCUCAAUCGAUGCUUAUGAUGGCCAAGUGAAAAACGCGUUUUGAUUGAAGGUACGCUCUCGGUUACGGUUUCAAAUCGGGAGAAACUGGACAAUUCGUGCUUCACAACAGCAAUUCGCCAGACGCCGAACCAUGUAGGAAAAUGACGCCGAAAAAGGAAACAAUGAUUUUUUACAGUCUGGGUGAUCAAAAAAGGUCCUUUGAAUGAUUACAAGCAGUAUGACUACGCCAUCGUGUCCACUUGGGUUCGAUUCCCAGUUUUCGUUGUUGCCAGAGAUCCUGAACGAUUCCGUCGAUUGCACAUGAAGAAUGUGCUCCAGUUCUUAGAAGAUAACAGUGAGUGGUUUUUCGAAAUGUUCGAGUUGAGCUGAAAUGGUAAUUUUUGGAUAAAAUCAAGUUGUCGAUAUCGGUACCACAACUUGAUAAUCUGAAUGAUAUAUUGACGAAAAGCCCAUUUUCAAAAUGAUUCAAAACCCUUUGAUAUUUAAAAGGAAAAGGAUAGUGGUUUUAAAGCUCCAAUAUUUUUCAAUUGGAUGUUUAAUAACCGACACCGAAAAACUUGCAUUGUGAAAAAAGUUAUUUUCCGUUUUUUCAUAAGUUCUUAGGACUUUUUUUUUUGAAAAAGGUCAUCAACUUUAUUUGCACGACCUCAACGAAUGAAUAUAUCUACUAACUUGAAAUUUCGAACGCAUUUGUUCGAUUUGAAAAGAUUCAAAUUUCGCGCCGCCAUUCAAAAAACCACUCAACCUUCAAACGCAGACAACAAAAAGACUUGUCCUUCCUUUGAGAAAAAAAUCGGUUGCAGAUUACAUCAACGUGAUGACAAAGGCGUUCAACAUGAUCUCGCCAGUCGACUACGAAGCGUGUCAGUACACACCGACCUUCUCCGGUACCGGCCGAUAA